UUCCCUUUGAAAAAAAACCCUUUCAAGUUCCUUGGAAUCUCGCUGAAUCCAACCUAUUUACCAAUAUCACACGAAUAUCAUUGUAACUGUUACAACUAAGGUAGCCAAUACUGAUUCCACGUGAAGUGUUUUCCAUGUUGUUAGGAAGCAGAGUCGUUCGUGGUCCAGAUUGGAAGUGGGGUGAUCAGGAUGGUGGCGAGGGACAUGUCGGGACAAUUAUAGGCAUUUUAAGUGAAUAUGAGGAAGGAAUACCAUUGGAUAAGGCAACAGUAGAAGUAUGCUGGGAUACUGGGAAUGUAGCUGCGUAUAGUGUAAGCAUCGAGCAGCGAAAUCAUGAUUUGAGGCUCCUUGACUCGUCGCCAAGCGGUGUGAAGUUUACAAACUUUGAAUGUGAUGGCUGUGGAGCAAAACCAAUCUUGGGCCUCUGCUGGGAUUGCAAUGACUGUUCCAACUAUUGCUUAUGUUCAACAUGCUACAUGGAAGAUCAUCAUUAUCUUGAUCAUAACUUUGUAUGCAAACUCCAUGAGAAGCACGAGGGACACCUUGUUGGCAAACGUUCUCAGUGCAACAAGUAUCAAGCAAGAGGUAUUUACCCUGGUUCCCAUGUUACACCGCGUGAUCCUGACUCACCAUUGGGUAUUGGUAUUGUCAUUGAUAUAAGCGAGAUUGAGGGGGAAACACUUGGUAAAUGUGGAGUGCUCUGGGACGAAACAGCUGAAGAUGUUUAUAUUCACAAUUUAGGACUGGAUGGGCACGUAGAGCUCAUGCUCGUGGAGAGCGCCAAUGGUCCAAUGUAUUACAGAGAUCAUCUUCCUCUCGUGAAAAUGGAGGAKGGUCAAUURUAUGUAGGAGAUUACGUYUGCAUCCACCGUUUAGAGAGCGUCAAUGUAUGUUCGUCAGAUGACUCGCAAAAGCUCGUUGGUGAAAUUGGGAUAGUCAAUAAGAUUGACGCUUCAGAUGGAUCAGUUUCAGUUAAAUACGAGGGUCUGGGAGGAGAGGUGUGGCGAUAUCCAGCUCCAAGUACUCUUUCAAAGACUCCUAAACUUUCAAAAGAUGAUGUCGUUAGGCUGACUGAUAAUAUACAGGCUUUGCAAAAACUGCAGACAGAGAAACACAAGGGAUUUCACCCGGACAUGAAGGAGGACCUGAAUGCAGUAGGGAUUGUUUUGGAGAUGGAAAAUGGUACAGCGAAAGUGUCAUUUACGUGGCGAGUGUUUACGUCAUUUACGUGGUGGAUUAAUCCAGCUGCUCUAGAGAAAGUGGAUAAAACAGCAGUAGUUGGACAAGUUUUCAAAGAAUUGAAAGUAUCAGUAGAUUCUGGUGCUGAGAAGGUGGGAGAGUUUUUUUUGAAAACCGUUACUUUGGCUAAGAGUGGAUGGGAAGAUAUUUUAAAGUCAGCCCACCAGGAAACGGUUAAUAUGGUGACAGACCGAGUUCUUGAUACUUUGGAAGAAGGACGUGUAAGACGCACAAGCGAAGUCAGUGAACAGCAAUAUUCCAGUGGUCCGAAAGACGAUCCAGAUUCGAGCGAUGUUUACAGGAUGAAAAGUAACCCCAGAGGAUUGMUGGUCAUCAUUAACAUCCAGAAAUUUGUAGUCGAYCCUACACAUGAAGAUAAAGAACAKCUUGAAAGAGAAUUWACCGAGCGAAACGGAUCUGAAAAAGAUGUUAAUGAUCUAGCUGACCUUUUCAGCAGAUAUUUGAAUUUCAAAGUUUGUACCAUCAUAGACAAACCAAGAAAUGAACUUUUGGGAGAUCUGCGAAAAACUGCUGAAAACUCUGCGUAUAAAGAUUACGACU